CUCUUUCUGCGGGGCUUCGUUCAUUACUUUGCGAAAAUAAUUUACUCUCUCACUUUCUCAUUGGCUCUCGUUUGAAUUUGUUAAUAACAUUUUGAAGAGCACGGAGAGGCAACACUCGUUGCAAAACCCAAUUUGUUUAUAGAUCUGUUCAUUUAAAUGUAUUGACCAUCAUUUUGGACUUUCGAUUUUGAAAUUUCAUUCAGUUUUCAACCACGACUUCAAUCAGUUUAACUUCAACCGGUUCCGCGUUUGUUUUAUAAACACGUAAAAUUGUAAUUCAAAAAUAAAUGUGCAAUUUACGACGUGAUUUUCGCUUGUCAAGCUAGAAAUCAUGAAAGUAACUGGACGAGAUGUAUCAAAGUUUUCAUGUAAUUUAAAAUUGAUGAAAUUACAAAAUUCCACCGAAAAGAAGUGUACCUGUACUACAUUUGCCGUUCCUGUUAUUACAAUGCACAAACCCCCAAAGACUCAUGCCAGAAAAAGCCCAUGGCGCAGUGGUUCGAAGAUUUGUAACACACCUCAAAAUAGUCCAUUUAAUUCUAGACAACGAUCAUACAAAACAAUAGGGAGAGAACGCGGGGAAAAGAUAACUAAUUCUUGUUCGUGUACUGCUUCCCGUCCAGAGGAUGAGUACCUAUCCAUGCCUUGGUUUGGAAUGGACAUUGGAGGCACUCUUACAAAACUAGUAUAUUUUGAGCCUAAGGAUAUUACGCCCGGUGAACAAGAUGAGGAGGCAGAAAGUUUGCGAAGCAUCCGUCGUUAUUUAACAAAAAAUUCAGCUUAUGGCAAAACCGGCCAUAGAGAUGCUCAUUUACAGAUGGACAAUGUGGAAAUACGAAAAAGGAAAGGAUCGCUACAUUUUAUACGCUUUCAAACCACAGAUAUGGGCAACUUUUUGUCGUUAGCCAAGCAGAAGGGUAUGGCAGAGUUGGUGACAACAGUAUGCGCAACAGGAGGAGGCGCUUUUAAGUUUGAAAAUGAUUUUCGAGAGCAAGUAAAUAUGAAGUUAGCAAAAUUUGAUGAGCUAGAUACCUUAAUUAAAGGUAUUCUUUUUGCUGAAAUACAAAACCGUACGGAAUGUUAUUACUAUGAAAAUGCUAGAGACAUCAUGAAAAGUGAAAAGAAAGCGUUCGACUUUUCACAGCCGUAUCCAUUUAUUUUAGUAAAUGUGGGUUCUGGAGUUUCAAUAUUGGCUGUAUAUGGCCCGGAUAACUAUAAACGAGUUUCGGGAACAAGUUUGGGAGGUGGUACCUUCCUUGGUCUCUGUUGCUUACUAACGGGCUGCAAUACAUUCGAAGAAGCAAUUCAGCUUGCUACCAAAGGUGAUAAUCGGAAAGUAGAUAAACUAGUUCGAGAUAUAUAUGGCGGUGAUUACGACCGUUUCGGUUUAACUGGUGAUCUUGUGGCCUCUAGCUUCGGACAAAUGCACCUUAAAGAUAAGCGGUCGUCCGUAUCACGUGAAGAUCUCGCAAAUGCAACACUAGUUACAAUAACAAACAACAUAGGUUUGAUUGCUCGUAUGUGUGCGCUGAACGAAAAGAUGGACAAGGUGGUAUUUGUUGGUAAUUUUUUACGUGUAAAUCCCAUUGCCAUGAAACUUUUGGCUUACGCAAUGGAAUUUUGGUCAAAUGGCACCCUCAAGGGUUUGUUCCUGGAACACGAAGGGUACUUUGGCGCUUUGGGGUGUUUACUUCAAUUCAACGGAGAAAUAGCCGCUGCGUUAAAUGAUACGUUCGACAAAUGCACAGCUACUUCACAAUCGUCUACAACAGAUAAAAGAGAAAAUUGCAUGUCACCACUAGACGACACGUCGAGCGCAUCCAAUGAUGAUAAUUCGCCAAAAGAAACACAGAGAUAGUUUUUAAUUUGCUUUUAAACGGUGCCUUUAUUUAUUUUAAGCAUUAAAAAAUCGUUACUUCCACUAUAUUAUCCUAUAGGCUGCGUUUAAUCGAUUAUGUUUUGGUCUAUGUUUUACCAGUAGUAGAUAGCGUAAAUAGUACUAUACUGUAUAUAGCCUCACGUCCUCCGCAGGUAUGCAGCUCUGUUGGUCAGCUCGGUUUUAACAGAUUUCUAAUAUUACAAGAGUUUUACCACAUUUAAAUUUCUCAUUUAGUCUAAUUCUCACUUGCAGUGAAUUGGCCAUUUUCAAGUCGUAUACCUAUGUCGAGCCAUCCGAAAUACAAAGGCGCGAAAUAUACAAUGCACAACAUUUUAGUCUUUUUGCUUAUAUUUGAAAUUUAUCAAAUACUAUUGCUUCAAUUAUAUCUUUAUUGACUAUUUAUAUCAAAUGUAUUUUGUUUUUAUGUUUAUAUAUUAAUAAAUUGAUUUGAGAUGAUUGAACGGUGCCAGUA